CGUAAACGAGAGGUUAGUGUUGAGCAGUGUAGAUCAUUGCAUAACUUUUAUCCUCACCGAGAAUACAAGCAGCCGUGGCGCAGCGUGAUAACCCCAAACACAAGAGUGGAGACGACGAGAUGAUCAUGGAUAGUAUAGACACCUUUGCUGCUUCCGGAGCAACUUUAAUGCCGGAUCCUGUUGGAAGUAUGUCCUUUGAAGCAUUUUCAACGGAUAAUGAUGAAAUUUCAAGCUGUUUAGCAAGCGCCGUUGCUUUACCCGAUCAAGUAUCAACAGGAGAGCAAUGCGUUACCUACAAAGGCGUAUUCUCGACGACAGCGCCGUCACUCAGUCCCUUAUUUAUAAACCUGCUGGCGCAGGGCAACCAACCCGAUGACUUGAUGUCAGAGGCGUCCGAGACGCUCUCAGUUACAAAUACCCCACCUCCACCACCUUAUUCCGAACCACAUCAUAUUUCUUUACCCGAUUUGGGUGCAGGAGUCUUGAGAGGUAUAAAUAUAAAGGAAGAGGAGUCGCCUGCGGCGUCUUCCUGCUCCUUGGCUCAACCGAAGAUGAGAAAGUAUCCCUCAAGACCAAGUAAGACUCCGUUGCACGAACGUCCUUACGCCUGCCCAAGCGAAACUUGCGAUAGAAGAUUCUCCCGUUCUGAUGAGCUAACUAGACAUAUUCGAAUUCAUACUGGUCAAAAGCCGUUUCAAUGUCGGAUCUGUAUGCGGGCUUUUUCCAGAUCCGAUCAUCUGACUACGCAUAUUCGAACGCAUACGGGCGAAAAGCCUUUCGCCUGCGAGCAAUGUGGAAGAAAAUUCGCCAGAUCAGAUGAGAAGAAGAGGCAUUCUAAAGUUCACUUGAAGCAGAAGAAGAAAUCGCCUCCCUCAGCAACGGCUGUUGCUCCAACUAUUGUUACAACCUCCAGUUAA